GAAAAUUGGACUCCUAUUAUCCUGGCAACCAACACGUGACAUCUCAAUGCGGAGCAGCCCCGGACUCACCUCGACUAUAUCACGCGUAUCUCAAACCUCACGACAAAGCAGCGUUCUGCCCUUCAAUAUCUUGUUAAACCAUUCCACUCGUUUACUAUCACUAUAUUUUUCUUUACUACAAGAGUUGAUCUACUUUCUUGGUCGUUGGUGGGUUGAGCAUGGCUACCAACGGUGAGACCAAAGCGCCGUCGUCUGGCAGCUUAGUCGAUGCGUCCGGGUACAAAUUCUCUGAAAAAGACACCAAGCCCGGCAAGAUUAGGUUGAAGAAGUCAGCUAAGUUAGGCAAGAAGAAGGGCGAUGAUGCGCCCGACUCCCCCGGUUCAUCACCUAUUCUCCCUGAGAUCGACGAGAAGACUAUGGCUGCUUUUCCUACGGGAAAACCACGAGAAGAGGAUCACUUAGAAACGGUCAUAUGUAAAACUUGCAAGAGGCCGGUCCUCAAACAAAACGCUGUGGAACAUAUCCGAGGUUGUAUUCGGGCGAAGCAGGAGAAGGCGAGGCGAAAGAAGGAAGCGCGCGAUGCGGCUAACCGGGCCAAGGCGGGUGAUAAGGAUGGCGACGAGGAUGCUGCGGGCGGCGAUGGUGAUGAUUCCAUGAAGGGUCAGAAGAGCGCUAAGAAAAGCGCCGUUAAGGGAAUGGCGGAGGAUGGGACGAAGAAGGGAAAGAAGCGCAAGAUGGAGGGAGAAGACGAUAAGGACAAGGAGCCUAAAAAGAAGAAGAAAAAGGAAGAACCCAAACCCAAGGUGCCGAAGCCGAAAGGACCCGUUGAUGUUGAGAAGCAGUGCGGUGUUACUCUGCCGAAUGGUGCUCAGUGUGCGAGAUCUUUGACCUGUAAGAGUCAUUCCAUGGGCGCGAAGCGAGCAGUGCCUGGUCGUUCAUUGCCGUACGAUAUGUUGCUUCAGGCAUAUCAGAAGAAGAAUCAGGCUCGUCAGCAAAAGGCUGCAAUUGAUGCCAAUGCUCCUCUGCAGGACGAUAUGGACAACAAUGGUCCUGUCGACUCGGAUGAAGAGAAAGAUGCUGUGAUGGCAGCUAUCACUCGCUCUCACCCACAGCCCAUCAUCACUCACACUCUGAUCUCGACUAAGAAAAAAUACCAAUAUGUCCGCAUUAAAGAGAUGCUAUCCCACGCUCUCGGUGGUGCGCGCGGUGGUGGACUCUUUUCAACCGGCGAUAGCAAUACCACCUCCAAUGACGGAAACCUCUUCGCUCCUGUGGACGACGUGGUCAUGACAUCUCCGGUUAUUACAAGCGCAGAUAACACAACGGAUGUGGACAAUACGACUCCAGCGCCAGCCGCCAAGAAACUUUCAAUAUCAGCGAGCUCGUAGAUACACAUGCUUGCUGGUGUUUUGUGUUGAUCUAAGGAGCAGCGAUGAGUGAUGAUCCUUUCUUUCCACUACUUGGGUAUGACUGCCACAUCGUGGUGUCUCGAACGGCGUUCAGGAAACCCAUGGAAUGGGUCUAAUUCGGAUUUUUUUUUGUGACGAUAUGAUACCCCGGAGUCCAUUGCAUAUACCACUGGCGAUGCUGAGUGUAAAUUAGUCAGAUGCUUUUAUACUUCUCUAUAUCUUGAUAGACAGUGUCCUUGGCUUUAAAUCUUUGAGUAUUCACUAUGUCUAAAUAUCUGCUAAUAGUAUUGCACACAU